AUUACAAACGACGAUUUUGAAAACUUGAGGCUAAACUUUUCAAGAUGCGCAAACCGUGACUGAGCUCCUUUAAGACCUGGCAGGAACCCUGAACAAGCUGGCAAAUAGGGGCUAUGGCAAGUCUGUAGAGGGCUAGUCACCCACUCAGACUCAACUAGGGAGAUUUAGUAAUGACGGUGACGCCGAGGACGACGCUUUGUAAAAAACUUGUUUUGUAUUUUACUUUCGAAUGUGGCAACUGUUAUGACAGGGUUCAAUUCCAAAAGAAGAUACGAAAAAUGAGCCGUUGCGUUUCAGGUUCUCCAAAAUACGUGUAACUGGGUUGUUUCACGUUAUUUUUCAGUGACGGGUAAGAAAUGUACCAAGAUUCAAAACGCGCGCGGAUAGCCAUUGUUUCGCUCAUUAAACCUUUUGUUUGGUGACCUUCUUGUUGGCGUCGCCGUCGUUGUUUGCUAAAGCUCCCUAAUCUCUGACUACAGACACCAAAACAGAAACUUAACAGUGGGAUGUGGUGAGUCACCAGAUUGCGGACCAUUCUAGGGAAUGUGGCAUGACGCUUGCUGACCAAAACCUAUAGGAAGUCUGAUUCAAUACCCUCUCUUCUGGGAGCCAAGUCCAUUUGAACCCCAGACGGGAAAAGACAACGGGAGAGGCCAAGAAUAACUUAGGGAAGGUCAGCGGAAAGCCAUGCACCUGACCUGGAAUGAAAUGCGGAAAGUGGCACGAGACCACUCCUACUGGGGAGAGACCCUAACGGCCUUGUGCGUCCCGUGGCGCGAUAAAGAUUGAUGAUGAUAUGUGAUGAUAGAAUGAAGGCUCUUCAUAUGAUGUACAUUGUAUCUUGUUUAUAUGAACAGCUCUCAUUCUAUUUUCACUAAAAAAAUGUACAAUAAUGUGUCGGGUGUUCUGGGUUCGGGUGACCUCAUUGUAAAAUCGUUUAAAAGAUAAUUGUAUAGUUUUGACUCGUAAAGCUUGUGAAACAAGCAUUAAAAUUGAAUUUUAAGCUUUGUCUUCUUAAACAGUGAUUUUUGAGGAGGCAUAGGUUUGUUAGCUUAUAUAUGAAACUUAUGCGCUGCCCUGAUUAAGCUCAUUAAACUUUUAUCUUGUAAGGUUGUAGGACAGGGGGCCAGUCGUUUAGCUGUAAAGUACGUUUAGUAGUUGAAAGUAGUUGAUAUACAAGACCGUAGUUGAAUUUCAAGACCGCCAUGUUACGCUUCCUAGCUUUGGUUAGCUGAUUAUUCGCGUUAAUUUCCCUCAGGUUUGCGACAUCAAAUUGUCACUGCUAAAUCACAUGUUACACGAGUUUUUUUUUUUUUUUCCCUUCAGUUUUUGGUUCUUUGAUAGGCUCUUUUCGUAAUAUGAAAUGAUGAAAUCGCUAUGUCCUCUGAGUCGCUGGUCAUCGUAAACGAGAAAUAACGCUUAAAUGAGUAUAAUGACAACCUCGUUUCCACGGUGCUCUCUCUUCUCUUGAGGGAGGAAGUGAGAGGACCCUGGUAACGAGUUUGAAUGACUCAAAGUUUUGAGCCGCGUAGUUGCACUGCGGGCAUUUUCGUUCCCAGUCUCUGGGGGCAAAUUUACAAGAAAAAACUAGUCAGUUCCAGGCGGCAUAAAGUAACAAGAAAAAUAUUUUCGUCAUUUUGAAACCAGUUUUCUUCUAUAAUUAUUACUUAUUGCUUGUUUCAAAGAACCAAAAACCAUAAACUAAAUUAAAAUUUCGUGUCAUGUACACAAACAAGCGUAUGCACUUGUAGUACAGUUACAAAUUCAGUGUAAUACUUUUUUUAUUACUAGUGCUGACUUUUUCAUGUUUUUGAGUGGGAUUGAUGGAAUAAGCAGUGAAUAAUUUAACAGCCAGGAUAAAAAUAGAAAUCAGUAUUAGUUUUGUGUCAAACUCAGAUAACUUGUUAAUAAAUGAUGUUACAAAAAAAUAGAUUUUGAUUGCUGCAAUAUAAUUAUUGUUAAAUGAACGUUUGUUUAACGCUAGUUCAGUGUUUUUUGAUAUUUAUUGUUAUUGACCCUGCCAGACGUCUCACCCCAAACUUACAAGGAAAUGAAUACGAGGGGGGCAUGCGCUACCCCGCUAUAAAUUUGCAAGGUCCCAUAUCAUUAUGAGUUUGCAAAGGAUUCUAAUUAAACCACAUAUUUACUCAAUUUGGUAUGAUAAAUUAAGCGGUGCAGUUUAUUUUUUGUUUUAAUGAAAAAAAAAAAAAUUCGGAAAAGCGUGACAUUGGUAAAAAGAUCCAUUACACGAGAAUUGUUGUCACGCAAAUAAUGCAGAUCGGGUGAUAUGGCAGUCACGCUUAUUAUUCCAAGCAGUCGAAGCAAAGCCUAAGAAUGCGUGACACUCGGAUAAGGAAUAUUGCAUGUAAUUUGUCUCCACCACUUAUUUAAACGGCCGCGUAGAGAACAAGCAGGCUACAAGAGAUUUAACGUCGAGAGUAUUGAAGUGUAGAAGUUCGCAAUACCGUAUCAACAGGAAUCUUUUAAAAAAGAGUAUUAGUUAUCCGAGGUAAGUUAGAAUUUAAGUAAUUCACAAUUUAAACAGGAGUGAUUGUAGAUUAGGGAGUACGUUCGAUCUGUUGUGUGGCAGCAGGCUAAAGGCUGUGAUGGGGAAUGUGGUAACUGCUUUGUGCUUCGAUGUGCAUGAGAUGUUGACUUCUAGAGAGUAAAUUAUACGUAAAGAUUUUUGGGAUAUGACCUUACUAAUUCUUUGACUCGUAGAAUCGGUAAAUUUGUGCCGUGACUCCAAAUCUUGCCAUUUGCCAUCGGCGGGGUACGUAACUCGGUGUGUUAAGACUCGUUAUCUUGUUCGAACAAGCCAUGGUCGUCUUGUUUGGCUCGGAGGUUUUGUUUCAUUCAUCACGACGUAUACGACGUAUAGUUGUUUAUCGACGUUAUUGUCAAAGAGAACUUCCUUAACCGCCAAUGGCCUCCACACCAAAGCCACAACUUGACGCUCCGUCCACACUACGCCGGAGGAAUUUGAACGAAGUUCCCUGCUACACGGCGCCUAUUAAUUCAAUAUAUUUCUUUAUUUCUAGUACCCCUUCCUCGGAUCCAGAGCCCAAAACUCAAAAGAAAACAGAAAAGUUACAAAUAUCAAGAUCUACAGGAGUCAUUAUGAGCGCAUCCAAUGAAGUCGAAGAGUAUAUGGCAGUGAUAGAUGAGAUGCGGACAUUGGUUGCAAACAGGCCGCUUGCAAGUGUGCUGGGAAAGGACUUUCUGAUUUACCCAGAGGUUUUCCACCCAGACACUUGGUUUGACAUCGCACAGUUUAUAAACAGAGGGGUCCUUGAAGUUGUUAAAGGAGAGGUGGCAAAGAAAGGUGAAGAAGAAUCUUUUGAUUUCCUGGAAGUUGGCUGUGGAGCAGGGUAUGCUUCAAUUCUGGCAGCUUUAUCUUCACAGAAGUGUCAUGUCUGGGCUUCAGAUAUCAAUGAAACUGCUGUGGAAAACACCAUAGAAAAUGCAAAAAUGCACGGGGUCGACGCUCAAGUGAAUGCUGUGACUGCUGACGUGUUCAACAACAAAAUAUUCGCUGGAAAAAAAUUCAACAUGAUCUACUGGAACCUUCCUUGGGCUGGUCAACGCACGGAGCCUGGGAUCGAUCUAGAUCUACUCAUGCGCAGUCUACUUGAUCCAGGGCACCAGAGCUUUCACCGUUAUCUUUCGGAAGCAAAGAACUUUCUUAAGAAAACAGGAAGGAUCUUUGUUACUUUCUCCUUCAGUUUAGGUUCCAAAGAGCUGUUCGAUAGAAUGGUGAGCGAAACAGGAUGGAGUUACAAAAUCUAUUCUAGAGACAACUUUCUUUUUGAGAUGGCAGGCGAACAACAAGACUUAGAUGUGUGUCUUGUGGAGUUUGUGAAAAAAGAAGAUUGAAAUUUCAAAAGGGGAAUCUAAGUGAGAGCAACUGAAAACUCUCCUCCGUCACAUUUAGUUUUAGACUGUUUACCAGUCUCUUUCUGGAUUUUCUGCGGGCAAGCAAGUCACGCCUUCGACCUUGUCCCCAAGGCUUUCUCCGCUUUUCAAAAUGGCGGACGAGCUGCUAUUUUGAAAAUCAUCGAGAAGAAGGCCCUGGGGGCGAGGUUGAUCAUGCCUCCCAAAGAAAUUGUUAAAUUUUCUAAUAGUAGUUGAAUGUGAAAAGCAGAAGUGAUGAACAUUUGAAGACUUUGAACUAAAACUAAGAGUGUGUAAGCUUAUAGUUAGCUGGUCUGUAGCUAUUUUUACCUAGGAUGAAAUCAAAUUUUGGGAAAAACAUGUUUCUUUUUAGGGGAACAAACAUUUUUAAUGAGCUGCCCACCAACAUAAUGAAAGCCGAAGACAUGCAGACUUUCUGCCACCGUGCAAAAGGGUUUUUAUUAUCGUAAUAGCUCUUAGUGGUUUCUCUUAGUAUUUUAGUACUGUAAUGAGAUUUUUAACAUAGUUUCAGUUUUUAAUGUAUAAUUAUGAAGUUGUAAUAUGUGUACAUAAAUUUGUAUUUUUAACCUGAUGUUAUUCACACAGGGUCCCUAUGGAUACCAGCCUUUGAGCUGAAUGGGCUACCCUGUUGAAAUAAAGUUUUACUUUACUUUACUUUUGUAGUGGUGCCAAUCAGUGCAAUCAUAGUGAAGACUAACCCCCUAGGCAGACAUUCUUUGGGCUCCGCGCAAUCUUUAGUGUAAACCUGGUGUGAUGGAACACUUGGCGCACAUGCAGACUUUACCUACUAGGCCUACUUCGCGAGUCAUUUACAUGCUCACCCCCACCCCCCCUUUCUAUACCCCAUCACAAUCUGAACUAUGUAGGAUGAUGUUGUGGAGGUGCAUAUGAAGUCUUUACCUCAUUUUAAUUCUACAUUUGCCAGGUUUUGGGUGGUGGGGGAUGGGCUUGUUGCUUUUGGAACUUAAAUGCAUGUUUGUGAUUAGGAUCAAGCUAGCUUAUAGGAUAGUGGCUUACAGUGGGCACAAAUCUAGUAAGCAAUUACAUACAGUCUGGUAAAUAUCUCACAUGAUCUCGAUUUGGAUUUGAUUUAUUACAUUUACUCCAUGUUGCUUACAAACCUUGUGAUUGAAAAUUACAAAACAGGAGAUGGGGGUUAUCAAAAGCACCGUGGCGCCAUACCAGGGAAACAUGAAUGAUGAAUAAUAUGUAUGGCUAUAUAUACAUGUACAUAGCCAAAAAUCAAGAUUAACAAAAAAAAAGAAAGGAAAAAAGGAAAGAAAAACUCAAAUUACUCCAAGAAAACUUUUAACCUUGUUUAAAAGACCAUACUUUCAACAUGUUAUCCACCUUAUAACCUACCAGGGCACCUGUUCACAUGCACCUAAGCCUUUCAUACAGCAGCUGCACCGUCAGUAUGAGCGGCAGUCAAAUUUAGUGCAAAAAGAGCUGAAGAACGUCUGCAAGAAAAUACUCGUGAAACAUGGGUUAAUGCGCGUGAAUCCGCGCGCAAAAAAAACGCCAUUGGGAAUCUGGGAGGAGUGACAAACAAGACGCUACUCAAAAAUAAGGCGCAACAUGCGUGAAACGCGCGUGGGAAGGCGGAAACUUAAAAGAAAUGGGGGCAACUGGAAAAAAAAAUCAACAAACUUCUCGAAGAAAUUUUGUUGAAAAAAAAUAUGGUUGUGACAUACGGGUUCACGCGCGUGGAUCCACGUGGAAUAUACAGGUUCACGCGAGUGGAACCACGUUGAAAAAGCCACAGGUACAAUUAAAAAUGAGAUGUUAUGUAGAAUUAAGGUGGACCGUACAUGAAACACGCAAGUGUUCGUUUCGAUCUGUUAAAGAUAUCUUGGCAUGGUAUAAUCCGCAGAAAUGUGAACGCCCAGAUUCUUAUAACAUCUUAUCUUGAAAGCAAGGACCGG